GGUCAUUUCCUGCCCAGCAAGCGGCCACCAAGCCCACCCAAGCUCCGUGCCCAGAGGCGCUCGAGCUGCCGAGCCGAGAGGAUCCCCCCGCUCCCGAACAGCCCCAGCACAGCCCUCGCUCAGCCGCCGGCUGCCCAGCUCAGUGCUGUCCCUUUCCCUGCAGCCACCAGGAUGGCCGAGGUGACCACUGUCCCCGUGGAGACACACGCUGUCCCGAGUGAGUACGGGGACUACCACAACUUGUCCGAGCUGUUCUACCUCCUGAACCACACCUACACCUACUGCGAGUUCAGCCUGGAUGAGAACAUCAAGCGAGUGAUUCUCUUCAUCCUCUACCUGGUCAUCUUCGUGGUGGGCUUGGUGGAGAACCUCCUCGUCAUCUGGGUCAACUGGCAGACACGGGGCAGCAAGAGCUUGGUCAACCUGUACAUCAUCAACAUGGCCAUCGCUGACCUCGGGGUGCUGCUCUCGCUGCCCAUCUGGAUGCUGGAGGUGAUGCUGGAUUACACCUGGCUCUGGGGCAGCUUCCUCUGCCGCUUCACCCACUACUUCUACUUCGCCAACAUGUACGCCAGCAUCUUCUUCCUCACCUGCCUGAGCGUGGAUCGCUACGUGACCCUGACCAGCUCCUCCCUCUUCUGGCAGCGGCACCAGCACCGCGCGCGCCGCGUGGUCUGCGCCUGCAGCUGGGUCCUGGCCGCCGCCAUCCCCGUCCUGGAGGUGUCCCACAUGCAGCUGGUCAACACCGGGGAGCCCAUCUGCAUCUUCAUGGCCCCCUUCGAGACCUACGACGAGUGGGCGCUGGCGGUCAGCCUGGCCACCACCGCCGUCGGCUUCCUCAUCCCCUUCCCCAUCAUCGCGGCGUUCAACGUGCUGACGGCGCGCUUCAUCCGCCGCGCCAAGCCGGAGAGCCGCAAGCACUGCCUGCUCAUCUACGCCUACAUCGGGGUGUUCCUGCUCAGCUGGCUGCCCUUCCACGCCGUGCUGACGCUGCUCACCCUCGAGGGCAGCCACAUCAUCCUGCACUGCACCUUCGCCCACCUGCUCUACUUCUUCUACGACAUCAUAGACUGCUUCACGCUGCUCCACUGCGUCGUCAACCCCAUCCUCUACAACUUCCUCAGCAAGAACUUCCGCAGCAAACUCAUCUCCGCCGUCGUCAAGUACAUCCCCAAGGACCACGGUGGCCAGAAGGGCGCCGACAACUCCUCCUCCAGCACGCAGCACUCCAUAGUCAUCGCCAAGGACAGCAGCCCUCCCAACUAAGGGGGGUCAGACUCUCCCAGCCUCCGUCGUGGUGGCUCCCUGGGGACAGUGGGAUCGCUUUUCCUGCUGCUGCUGAGGACACACCUUGCUUGGGCACAGCCCUUCUUGGCUGGGCACCUCCCGUGGCAGGUUGAGGUGCCUGCUUUGAGGAGGGCUGGGAGCUACGGGCGUCUUGCCUCUGCUGUGUCCAACCUGAAGAAAGGAUAAGAGAAAAUUGUAUUUCCUGUUUGACGAGAGAAACCCUUGCGAUAAUAAAGCCUGUUACUGCA